CAACAGCCUGACGACCUAAACGACAUAACUGACAGCAAUAAAGUAUCCUAAAACGACAAAUCCCCUUCCGCUACAGUCAGAAAAUGGCGGAAAAUAUCAGCUUCCCCUCCAUUAAACUGUCUGUCUCUCGUCCUCUCCAUUUUAUUGCCACCACAACUUCGGUUUCAUUUUUUUUUCUGUAUCGCUAUCAAUGGCAACAAAAGCAUCGGAAACCGCCGUCCAUUCAAUUGAUCCAAACAAUGGUUUUUGCGAGGAAACCAGAACUUUUCACAGUCUACGACCACGUACUCCUCUGCCACCACUACAUGAACCUUUCUCCAUUACUCAACUCUCUCUGGCUCUCCUUCACUCCACCACCGCCGACCCAGCCGCCGUAACUUUUCUUGUGGACUCUAGCACUGGCGAUUCUUUAACGCACGCUCAAUUUAUUGAACAGACUGAAACUCUCGCUCUCUCUCUCAAAGCUCUCUACCCGUUUUCUAGAAACGAUGUCGCUUUCAUUUUAUGCCCUCCUUCACUUCAUAUUCCCAUUCUCUACUAUUCUCUCCUUUCUCUCGGUGUAACUGUCUCUCCUGCCAACCCACUCGGUUCUAACUCGGAGGUAACUCACCAAAUCCAACUCAGCAAGCCAAAAAUCGCAUUCGCCACCUCCCAAACAGCUCACAAACUCCCUUCUCUCCCCCUCGGUACAGUCCUCAUCGACUCGCCAGAAUUCCUCUCCUUGUUGACCAAAUCCAAACCCGCCGGCCGUUACCGAUUCGAACCGGUUAAAGUGGACCAGUCUGAUCCGGCAGCAAUUCUUUAUUCAUCAGGAACCACAGGGAAAGUCAAAGGAGUAUGUUUGACUCACCGGAACUUGAUCGCGUUGAUAUCUGGGUUUUGUCAUAAUAGAGGCGAGUCUGACCCCAACGAACCGGAACCUCACCCAAUAGCGCUGUUUACGUUGCCAAUGUUUCAUGUUUUUGGUUUCUUUAUGUUGAUAAGAGCUGCUGCGAUGGGAGAGACUGUAGUGUUGAUGGAAAGAUUUGAUUUUGAAGGAAUGUUGAGAACCAUUGAGAAGUAUAAGGUUAAUUACAUGCCAGUUUCGCCGCCGUUGAUUGUAGGGUUGGUGAAAUCGGAUUUAACUAAAAAAUAUGAUCUGAGCUCGUUGUUACUGCUGGGAAGCGGCGGAGCUCCUUUGGGAAAGGAUGUUGCCCAUAGAUUCAAAGAAAAAUUUCCACAAGUGGAAAUUGCAGAGGGAUAUGGGUUGACUGAAACUGGAGGCGGGGCAGCAAGGAUGUCAGAGCCAGAAGAGACCAAGAUGCAUGGUUCUGUUGGUCGUUUAGCUGAAAAUAUGGAAGCCAAGAUUGUUGAUCCUGUAACUGGAGAGGCGUUGCCUCCUGGCCAGAGAGGAGAGCUGUGGUUGCGAGGGCCAACGGUCAUGAAAGGUUAUGUAGGAGAUGAGAAGGCAACUGCCGAAACCUUGGACUCAGAGGGUUGGUUAAAGACUGGAGAUCUUUGUUAUUUUGAUUCUCAUGGUUUCCUCUAUAUUGUUGAUAGGUUAAAGGAACUGAUAAAAUACAAGGCAUAUCAGGUGCCCCCAGCUGAGUUGGAACAGUUACUUCAGUCCAAUCCUGAAAUUGCUGAUGCUGCUGUAGUUCCAUAUCCUGAUGAAGAUGCAGGUCAAAUUCCCAUGGCCUAUAUAGUGAGGAAACCAGGAAGAAAUAUUACUGAAGCUCAAGUUAUGGAUUUCAUUGCAAAACAGGUUGCACCAUACAAGAAGAUAAGGCGAGUUGCUUUCAUCGAUUCUAUUCCAAAAUCUCCAGCUGGAAAGAUUCUGAGACGCGAGCUGGUUAUUCAUGCUGUCUCUGGUGGUGCAUCCAAAUUAUGAUCCAUACGAUUAGGUUCCAACAACAGACAUGUCAAAAACUUGGCCGUACAGAAAAAUUAAUAUCAGAAUCUUCACCAUUACUGGUUGCAGUUAAACAACCGGCUAGCUGCUGCGGAGGUUUAUUAAGUACAGUUGCAAUCUGUAAUAUAGUUAUUCUUUGGGGUUAAAAGCUUGCCUGUGUAUUAUACAAUUAAAUGAUACUCUCUGCUAUUGGUGGAGAGCUGUUUCUGCUAGAUAAAUCUUUGAUUGUGCAGGCUCAAGAUCAGGUUUGGUCAA